AUGAGCUCUGUCACUAUCACUGAACCUCACGUUGUCAAAGAGGACUUUCCGACCCCUGCCAAGCCUUGGGAAGACAUUCGAGACGAAAAACGUGCCGAGCAGCUUUCAAGAAUUCCGCAAUCAUGGCGACUGGAAGCUUCGCAGUAUCCUUCGAAGGAAACUGUAGAUGUGCGGCCAAUUGCUGCUACUUCGGGCAUUCUGUCGGAAAGGGAACUUGAGAUUACUGGCGAAACCUAUGACGCUACAUCCCUAGCUACAGAGAUCGCAAAGGGGACAUUUACGUCUGUUGAGACAGUGACGGCAUUUUGUAAACGGGCUGCCAUCUGUCAGCAGAUUUGCAGCGCACUUACCGAAAUAUUCUUUGCCGAUGCAAUUGAGAAAGCCAAGCAACUCGAUGAGCACUUUAAACAGACAGGAAAAACCCUGGGCCCUCUACACGGUGUUCCGAUGACUUUUAAGGAAUGUUUUCACGUUAAAGGCUAUGAUGCGUCCAAUGGCUAUAUCUCUCGAUGUUUUGACCCCUCCACCACGACCACCCCCAUCAUUCAGUUAGUGGAAGACGCUGGAGCUGUUAUCAUUGCAAAGACCAAUGUUCCACAGACCAUGCUUGUUGCUGAGUGUGAGAACAACGUCUUCGGACGCACACGCAACCCCAUUGUCAGCCACUUGACAUGUGGUGGCAGUAGCGGCGGUGAGGGUUCACUCUCAGCUUUUCGAGGAAAUGCAUUGGGGAUUGGCACUGAUGUAGGCGGUUCUAUUCGUCUUCCCGCUGCCUACAACAAUGUAUACGGGUAUAAACCGUCGGUCGGAAUCCUUCCUUUCAUCGGCUACGCUGCCUCCGGUUGGACCGGCGUGAACACUGGCAUCCCGGCUGUUCUGGGACCCAUUGCUCACUCUGUACGCGAUAUAAAGUUAUUCACAGAAGUUGUCCGUGCGCGUCAACCAUGGCUAUUUGACCCAGCCAUAAUACCUGGCGUUAUGGAGUCCCCCAUUCCUGCACAAGACCGGAAACCUAUAAUCGGCAUUCUUCACGAGUCUGGAGUUACACCUCAUCCUCCUGUUCGACGCGCGAUUCGAGAAGCGAAGCUCAAAGUAGAAGCCGCCGGGUAUGAGACCCGUGACUUCACGCCCCUAUGUCCUGACUUUAAAGAAAUCAGAGAGAUUGCUAGCCAGUUGUUCACUGUGGACGCGUUGUCAUACCAGCGUCGAGAGCUGGCAAGGGCCGGCGAGCCGGUUGUGUCAUCCGUGACCAAGUUUGGCUUUUUCGACAUUUCGCGAAAGACACACGAGGAGACGUGGCAGUGGAACACUAAGAAGGGCGAAAUGCAGAAGAAAAUGUUGGAUGCUUGGCAGCAUUUGGGAAUUGAUGUUCUAAUCGCGCCAGCAGCGCCACAUGCCCCAGUUUCACCUGAUAAUAGCACCACAGAGCUGUACACUGUGGUUUGGAAUGCAGUGGAUUAUCCGGCGAUCAUCAUCCCAUUUACGAAGGCGGAUCCUGCGCUCGACCCCAAAGAUGACGCAUUCCAGCCAAAGCACCCUAUGGACCAGAAGAUUCAGGCGCUUUAUGAUCCGCAGCUCAUGGCUGGGGCGCCAGUCUCCCUGCAGCUUGUUGCACCUAGACUGCAAGACGCAGCUUUGCUUAUGUAUUCUGAGAUGCUGGACAAGGUUCUUAACGGCGAGAAGUAA